GGAGAAUUUGUUUAUAUUCGUUUGAAACAUGUAGACGGUUUAAAUUCUGAUUGGAUUACACUAUCACUUCCGCGUUCCGACAAAAUGGCGAAGACGGGUAGUGUAGGAGAAGUUAUCCCGAUUUAAAUAAAGGAAAAUACAUUUUUGAGAACAAGCCAACAAUGGAAGUUCCUGGUAAGCAAAAACCAAAAAAGACAUUUUCUGCUUCAACAGGCUCUGCUGAAGACUUUCUUUUGUUCUGUAUCCCGUGCGAUAGAGAUGGUGUCCGGGUACCAGCAAAAGGUUAUUGUUCAACAUGCAAAGAACAUCUUUGUGACACUUGUUACAAGCACCACAAGAAACAAACUCCAUCACGUCAUCAUAUUCUACUAGAUCAAGACUCUAUGCCAACUACACCAAGCAUUCCAAUAGUAAAAGACGAAUUUGAUAGUUGUGAUGAUCAUGGAGACGAAAAACUGAAAUUUUACUGCAAAGAGCAUGGCAUCGUUGUUUGCAGUGUUUGUGUUACGCUGAAUCACAGGUUAUGUACUAUGGACUACAUACCGAACCUCUCGAAACAUAUUCUAGACAGUGAAGAGCUUAAUGAAAUAAUGUCAGAAAUGAAAGCGCUUGAGGAUAAUUAUAAAUCACAGUUAAAAAAAGUAAAAGAUGAGAUGAAAGCUAUUUAUCAAAACCACGAUGACGUAAUAAAGGCGAUUCAUCAAUUCAGAAAAGAAAUAAAUAAACGUCUAGAUGAAAUGGAAAAACAUGUGGUCAAAGAAGCUGACAACAUACUUCUUAAACAACAAACGAAUCUAAAUGAUUUAUCAACAGGUGUACAAGAAAUCACAGAUAAACUGAUUGAAAAACGAAAACACAUUGAUAACAUGAUACAGAGAAAUUGCCUUGAUAAGCUGUUUGUUGAAAUGAAAGAAACAAAGAAACGAGUUGAAGAAAUGAGGAUGAAGCAAAAACAAUAUAGUCGAGUAGAUGUUUUCCAGACUGUAUCAUUUGUCAAAAACAGUGAUAUUGUCGAUAUGUUAGAUAGACAUAAACAACUGGGAGAACUUAUUACAAAGAAAGCAUCCAUGGGUGAAAAUGUUCCAGUCAUGAAACCUACAUCAACACCGUCUGAGGAUAAGACACUAAAUCUUGUGGUUGUUGAAGAGAUAGAUAUCAAUUCUUCAUUGGGAAACACAGAAUGUAACAUAAGCGGGAUAGAAGUCAUCAAGCCCGACAAGAUAGUCAUUUGUGAUUUCAGCGGCAAUAAAAAUGUUAAUUGCUAUGAUAUAGUUAAGAAAAAAAUUGUUUCAGAGAUAAAACUAGAUUAUGCACCGUUUGAUGUUGCAGCUAUAACGGAUGACAAGUUUGUCGUUACUGUACCUAAUGAAAAAAGUAUUCAUUUCAUGUCGCUGAAAAAUCAACGCAUAGUUUCUGAUCGUAAGGUGAAUAUCAACGAGGACUGUUAUGGUAUUGCUUACAGCAAAGAUAAGCUUGUUGUGUCAUGUAAUUAUAAUCCAGGGAAAGUUUUAGUUCUUGACCUACAAGGUAAAAUAUUGCAAAGUUUUUGUGGAGAUAAUAGUCUGUUCAGCUAUCCCGAAUAUGUCACGGUUAAUACAGCUGGAACGUCUAUAUAUGUUACUAACUGGGGUUAUCCUGUGAAUGCUGUAAAACAACUAGACUGGCAAGGGAACAUUAUAAAUACCUAUCAACCAGCACAGGGAGGACAAUAUCUACGAGGUAUUUGUGAAUUAGAUGAUGGUACAUUUCUUGUUUGUUUGGAUCAAGAUAGUAACGAUAAUUUGCAGAGAGUAUCAGGCAGCUGUAAGCCGUGUAAGGUAACGAUAGAUGAGAAACUUGGUAACUGGUACCCGGAAGCAGUGGCAUUCUGUAAGAAAUCUAGAAAACUUUAUGUGUCUUAUUCUGAAAAAGUGUUCUAUGAACCAAAACAUCGAAUAAAAAUCUUUAAGGUUGACUGGUGUUAAGUUACAUCAUGAUGAAAAGUGUACAUUUAGUUUGAACUUUUACACGUUUCACUGUAACAGUUGAAAGUUUUUAUAGAGUUAUUGUUUAAAAUGAUAUUUAUAUGAUAUUUAUGUGAUUAUGUCUUUUGAAAUCAAAAUGGUGGGCUCGAAAAUAUUCUGUCAAUAUUUUUAGUUAAUUAUGUAUAACUAAGAAUAAUAGGUAAAUGUUUUUACUGAAAUGUAGGUUUUAAGAUAAAUAUUUUAACCGGACUAAGACUGUGAUCUCACAUUGUUAUCAAUUUUUCAAAAGUGAAUACUAUUUUAUAGUUUAUAUAGUCCUAGAUAAAUUUAAUUGGACAGUAUAAAAAAAUUUUUAUAAUAAAACAGUCUUAGUAAAUUUUAUUUGGCAGGAUAUGGUUUUAAAAAUGUCAUUAAUUGACUUAUAUAAGUUUUAAUGGUCAUAUUUAUUACAUAUUUGACAAAUAUAUGUUGCUUCUGUAUAAAACAUCCAUUGACUAAGCCAAUAUAUUGUAUGGAUAAAACAGAUGUUCAUGUAAAUUAUGUUGAAGAAAACAAAUCGUUGAUAUACUGAAGUUAGUAAUAUUUUGAGAUUGUAAAGUAUCAAGUGUAAAAAAUGACAUACUUUCCAAGGUUAAAUGAUUUAUAAUGGUCAAUUUUUCUUCUUACCAUUUGCAUUUAAACAUUUUAGUAUCGUUUUAUUCAUUGUACCACAAUGUAACCUUCUGUAGGAAAAACAUGCAAUAGUUUGAAUAUAUUGAGGUUAUAUUUUUUAAAAUACAACAACCUUUUAAUGAAUGAUAAUUGUGUAGCUAGGGGGGAAAACUCCUCAGUGCAUAAAACAGUAACUGCUGUGAUAUGGUCUGUGGAGUUGUCUCCCUUAGAGGUAAAAAUAAAUAGUCUCUUGUAAUUCUUUUAGAAUGGCUUUUCAUGUAUUUUAUGUUUGUGUUUUACGUUUUAUAUGUAAUUUUAUGUAUACAUGUAAAGAUGAGACUGAAAUAAAGAAAUUAUAUAUUUAUUUUAGGAAUGAUUUCAGUACAUACUAAGUCUUUAAUAAAUUGUUAAAGACGGUUUGUAAAUUAUGUUUGCCAAUCGAAUAGAAAUUUUACUUAUGGCACGUCCAUUUAGUGAUUGAUUUAAAUUCCGGAAGAGUUAUGUUGAAUAUAAUAAAUAAUUUCCCACUUCA